GGCUGUGCGCCGGCCUGGAAGCGCCAGACUCCUAAGGCGUGCGGGCGGCUGGCAGAGCGAGGCAUUGGCGGACAUGGCUCCCAACGCGCUGGCUCCCGAGCCGGAGUGUCGGAAGGGCAUCCGGGCGGUGCUGCUGGGGCCGCCCGGGGCUGGCAAGGGGACCCAGGCACCCAAAUUGGCUGAAAACUUCUGUGUCUGUCAUUUGGCUACUGGGGACAUGCUGAGAGCCAUGGUAGCUUCAGGUUCAGAGCUGGGGAAGAAGCUGAAGGCGACAAUGGAUGCUGGAAAACUGGUGAGUGAUGAGAUGGUUGUGGAGCUCAUUGAGAAGAACUUGGAGACUCCUUCAUGCAAAAACGGCUUUCUUCUAGACGGCUUCCCUCGGACUGUGAGGCAGGCUGAGAUGCUCGAUGACCUCAUGGAGAAGAGGAAAGAGAAGCUUGAUUCAGUGAUCGAGUUCAGCAUCCCAGACUCCCUGCUGAUCCGGAGGAUCACUGGAAGGCUGAUUCACCCUAAGAGUGGCCGGUCCUACCAUGAGGAGUUCAACCCUCCAAAGGAGCCCAUGAAAGAUGAUAUCACUGGAGAACCCCUGAUCCGAAGGUCAGAUGACAAUGAGAAGGCCUUGAAGAUCCGCCUAGAGGCCUACCACACCCAGACCAUUCCACUGGUGGAGUACUACAGGAAACGGGGGAUUCACAGUGCCAUCGAUGCAAGCCAGACCCCUGAUGUCGUGUUUGCAAGCAUCCUGGCAGCCUUCUCCAAAGCCACAUCCUAGUAACAGAAGGCCAGGCGAGACUGCACCCUGCUCAUCUCCCCGCCGUGUGAUCCCUGCUCUUAGGUGCUCGGCAGAAGGGAAGUGGGUGGUCACGGGAAAGAAGGAUGAUGAGGGAAGUGGUAAGGGUCUCAAGAGGAGCAUUUGGAACAGUGGCAGUGUUGUGAUUAGUAAGAUUUGUUGUUUUUUUCUGCACAUAGGUGGAAAUUUUUAAAGUCUAAGCAAGGGAAAAAGAUUAAUUUUUUAGAAACUGUGAUUGGAGGGCAUCAGUGCCAAUAAGGAGAUAUGGUAUUAUAUGUAAACAAUCAUGCUUUCAAUUCCUCUGGACUACAAAGCUAAUGCUCGAAGGAAUCUAUAUAAACCUCCUGAACCACCAGGCCAAGGAUGCAGUGGUCAGAGUGGGCCUGUGUACCCGGUAUAGAGGACGGAGCUGCUGGCUGCUGCCAGUGGCCCCCAUUCCAUACCAUCAAGAGACUUAACCUGCACAAGUGGAAGAGAUGGGGGCGACCUCACGGGUGGUGGUUCGGCAGAUCAUUGUUACUGGAAUUGUGGGGAGCAAGGGGACUCAGAUCCCAUGCUUCUUAUGACCUAAUCGCCUGCUCUUGUGGCAAAGCCUUCAGCAGCCACCCAGCACACACUAGUCCUACAACUUUGCCUUCAUUCAUCCCUGGGACCCUUUAAAUAAGUGGACAAGGGCUAGGAGUGUAGCUCAGUGGCAUACACGUGCCUGGCAUCAUAAGGCUCUGGAUUCAGUCCUCAAUAGUAAAAGGGGGGGAAGCUAAAAUGUCUUACGCUAAAUCAUCCAAAGAUUGUCCUUCUCGCCCUCAUUUCCUGUGACUGGGAUCGCCUGACAACACUGUGAUGUAAUUUUCAAUGAGGUGCCUUUCAUAACUGACCAAAUGCUGCCAUGUUUGGCCCCUGAAUCAAUAAAGUAUGUUGAAAAUUUGUA